AGAUGAUUCACACUCGCACUCAGUCGCAGGCACAGCCUCUCACUCUGCAACAACGAAGGUGAGUAGUGGAAGAGUGACUAGUCGGGUGGUUUCAUGAUGUCCCAAGAUAUAAGAAUGUGUUCCUCAACCACUGUCAUCAGCAGAAACACCAGAUCAUGUCAAUUACAGGCAGCAUUAACCACAAAGCACAGCAGCUGUUUGGCCAUAGGCUUCACCAUCACUUGGAAGAAAUGCCUGGUUUAAUGAAAGGGGUCUAGAUUCACAGACUUGUUAAUCUGAUCAGGAUUUGUAUUAAUACUCUGUUGAUCUCACACUUUAAAUUUGAACAUACACUGUAUGCUAGGAUUCUCGAAACUUUUGAUUAAGGUAUCAAGUAGGGGCUGAAUCUGCAGACAAGUCAAUGCCAUCUUCACCAUCACUGCCAUCAUCGUCAUCAUCAUCAUCAUUAGUUACCAUCAUCACCAUCAUCAUCUCCAUUGCCAUAACCACCAUCCUCGCCACCAUCAGUCUCAUCCUCUUCUCAUCGCCAUGGCGAUCCCUAAAGGGAAGAUCGGCUACCCCAUCCUUGGAGACAGCUCUCUCGAGUUCUACCGGAGCGUCCCGCUUUACAUCAACAGCCGAAUCGAGGAGUAUGGUGCCAGGAUCUUCCAGUCGAGAAUUCUCAACAAACCCACUGUCUUUGUGUGCUCAUGCAGUGCUGUCAAGGAGCUGUUGACUGAACACCAUACCAAGAUGAGCCUGGGAUAUAAGGCCAUGCUCCACCAUCUCUAUGGCGACAACAUCAUGUUUGAGGAGGCAACCGAGGCAGACAGACUCCAUGCCCUCAUGCACCACGUCUUCAUCCAGAACGCCUUGCCAAAGUUUGACAGGAUCGUCCAGAAGUUCAUCCAGAGGCAUUUCAGUGACUUGCAUUCCAGUGAUUCAGUUCAGGUCUACGAGACAUUCAAAUUGUUUGCGACGGAGCUCAUGCUAGCGCUGUUCCUUGACCUUGAUGCUACCGAUUCUCCCGACCUGGCCCACGAUGUAGCGUCGCUGGCAACCACACAUUGGCAUGGGGUGAUAUCUGUUCCCCUGAACUUAAAAGUCUCUUAUUGGUCUUCAUCCUGCAAACAAGCUGUGGAAUCUAAGGACAAACUUUUGGAGCUAAUACGAACUCGUCUCGCAAGCCAGGCAGACAAGGGUUCUUUCUUAACAAGAGCCAGGCAAGCUGGAUUUAAGGACCAAUCAGAGCUAGAGCAACACAUUCUACCCUUUGUUUCCGCCCUGGUGCCGAAAGCAAUCGCUUCACUCCUGACGUCGUUCACACUGGCCCUCUGCUCCAAAAGCAAGGAUAACAUGCAAGAGAUGGCAAGAGAGAGCAGCGAUUAUCUUGAAUGGUGUUUGCUGGAAACAGAGAGACUAUGGCCCCCAGUCCUGGGAGGGAGGAGACUUGUCAGAGAGGAUUUCAUACUUGAUGGUUACAAAGUGCCCAAGGGCUAUGCAGUCAUCUACGUCUCCUCCAUCGCCCACAGAGAUCCUGAUGUAUUCAAGAACCCAGACACCUUUGAUCCAACAAGAUGGGCGGACAAUUCCAAAGAAAAGGAGAAACUGCUAUUUUGCUAUGGUGAUGGGCCUAGAUGCUGUGUUGGUACAUCACUCAUGAAAAACUUGAUUAAGAAAGUGAGUCAGUACCUAGUUGGACGUUACAACUGGACUUUAGGCGACCAAGAUGAAGAUCUUGAUUACAAAUGGCUACCCAUGGCUAGGCCAAAAGAACUCUCAGCGAGCUUCACUAAAGUUGACCAAUCAGAGGCCUUGUCUGAAUCACCAGGGAAGGAUUAAUCUAUUGAAACAGAAUUGACCAAUCAGAGGCCUUGUCUGAAUCAGCAGGGAAUAAUCAGCCUACAGGUACUGAAUUGAGAGGCCUUGUCUGAAUCAGCAUGGAAGGAUUAGCCUAUAGGUACAGAAUUGACCAAUCAGAGGCCUCGUCUGAAUCAGCAAGCGAUUGGUCCACAGGUAGGCUGAAGCAUGUGCUAGCUUUGAUGUGUAAACCAUGAAAGCACAAAUCCCCAGGCCAAACCUUAUAUGUAACGCUGAUAGUCAUUCACAAGACCUUCCAUCAACAUCAGUCUUGUUGUCUUCUGUCAACAUUAGUCUAGAUGUCUAUGAUGAAGCAUGAGGAUUUGCCAUGAAAAGAAACUCGCUGGAUCUUGGUGGAAAAUAAUCAACUCUGACUUUGGUAAAAUGCCUGAUGGCUUUUUAACACUUUCACUCGAGUCGACCAAUCAAAGGCCUUGUGUAAUAAACUGGAUGAACUAGACCUCCAGAUAAUUUCGCACUGGUUGUUGAUUUGUAGAAAGAAGCUUGUUCAACUCUUUUCAUCGCAAGUGACCAAAGGUAAUGACAAAUUGAAAAAAAAAACUUUCAUCUUAAUCAUUUCUAUUUGCACUCAGAGCAGCUCCUUUUUCCUCAUCUCAAGAAGAAUUCAUAUAUUAUUACGCUGUGCAAUCUAGAAACUCCUUAGUUGUGAUUUUAAACAAAAAAAGACAAUUUUUCAAAACUAUCAAUAUUAGAGAGGGAAAAUGUUAUAAUUCUAAUCAUCAGAUUUAUUUUACACAAGCGUGAUAUGAAAUAUAUGUUUGAAAGUUUGAAACUAAAACAUUUGCUGGGUUAAAUAAUUUGUAUGAUCUGAGUUCCAUUUCAUAAAGACUUGUUAUAAUAACAAAUGCACAAUUUCUAUAACAAAUUUACUAUCAGCCAAUCAGAUUGAAGGAUUUCAGUAGCUUAUAACUGUUCUUGUAAAUUUGUUAUUAGAACAAGUUGUAUGAACUGUGUUGUAGUAAACAGAAACUCUUCAAAUAGAGCUUAUUUGCAUGGACUUGCCUAAAAUAUAUGCCUUAAUAUAGAUUUGUAAUCAAAGUCAACAAUUUUGAUAGAAUAAACCUCUAAAAUUUAUCUUAUAAAGUGCUGCAAUUUAACUCAUAUUUGAUACAAAUGAAAUUGUAUUCAAUAACUAACACAUAUAUGAAUAUAUUUUUUCAAUGUAGUGAUAUAUCAAUGAACUUCUUCACAGGUGACAUACAUGUAUGAAAGCUUUUCUAAGAAAUUUAUUGAUAAAAAUAUGAAAUAGAUAUCUAUAUUAGCAAUUAAAUCAGCAAAUACAAUAUAAAGUAACAUUCUUGAAUGGAAAUAAGUUACCAUUUGUUGUUUACAUAUUGCGUAGGUUACAAAACUUUUUUAUGUACAACCCUUUUCAUUUUCUGUACUAUUGAUAUUUUAAACAAUAUAUAUAUGUUCAUAGCAGUACUAAUAUCUAUGUGUGUCUUUUUCCUUUAGGUGCUUUCUUAUUUAUACAUGAGACUGAUUUCCUCACAUUUUCUGUGCUUAAUUUUGAAAGUUAUAUAUUUUUUUUCUCUUUCGGCUUUCCAAAUACCUCAAACCAUUUUACUCUUUUCUUUCAUUGGGUCUAUUGUGCUCAAAAUACAUGUAGUGUAAGGCUUGUGCUGGUUUUGAGCCUGAUACUAUUUAAUUCCACAUACAUGUAAUAAAUUUCACUUUUGUCAUUAACUCUUUAAAAAUUGAUAUUGGAAGAUGUUUUGUACAAAAGCACAAAAAAUGCACAAAGUAGUAUUUUCAUAAUGCUGUGUAUUAAAACACUACUUAUAUCAGGGUGGAUGUUUAUU